AUGCAGCCAGUGGUCAUAGACUAUGACGAGGAGGUAGACGAAGAAUCCGAACAAUCAGAAGAGCUGGCAGUACCACUUAUCGUCAGCGUCAUUGUUCUGACAGCCUACAUUGCCAUUGGGGGCCUCAUUUUUCCACUGUGGGAGGAAUGGUCAUUUGCAGACUCGGCCUACUUCUCGUUCAUAACACUUUCGACAAUUGGCUUGGGGGAUUUGGUUCUCGGAGCCGGACGUCUGCAUGAGACUCGAACAACUUACGAGCUCGCAAUCGGCGCGUUUUACAUGCUCUUCGGUCUAGCACUCCUAUCGAUGUGUUUGAAUCUGUUACAAUACGAAAUGCUUGCCAAGUUCAGACACAUGCUGCAGUAUUUCACAUUGUGUGGCCGAGACAAGGGAACCCAUGGUGCAGAUCAAGAGUCAGAUCUUCGGGAAGAAGAAGAAACAGCAUUGGCUGUGCUGAGAGCAUCGAGGGCGGUCGAGAAGCCAACAGAACCUGUAUCUCAAAAAGACCCCGCAAAUGGUGAGGGAUCGAGUGAAAUUCACAAGCGGGCAACAAGCAGCUUCGAGAAUAAUGCUUUUGAAAGUGAAUAAGAACACGCUGACAUGUGAAAUCAGCGUGCAGAUUUUUGAUGCUAUCGACCAAUGCCACCCCUAAGUGUGGUUGAAUGUGUAUGUGUGCGAACCGUUCAUGUUGUCCACUGCAGUCCGUGAACCGAAUGUGAAUGUGAUACCAUACUGACUCGGUCAGAUCACAUUUGAGGCGAACAGUGAGUGAGUUUUAGUGCUGAUCACAAAU